AUGAGUGGGACUUCUGAGCAAGUGGGUGUCACUGUAUCGAAAGUGCAUGAUGUCGGAGCGUCCAAUGCUACCGGACAGAAGGAGUCUGGUAAAUCUUUGGCUGCGUUUGGAUCUGUUAAAGGUCGGGACUUAAGGGAGAUGCAGCUUUUACCCACCGAUGUGGAUGCCCUUCGACUCAACACCACAAAAUUCUCUCCUGGCCCAAAGGAUAUCCACCCUCCCCCCGUCAGAGCGAGGGAGUUUCAAACCCAAGGGAAAUCAGUCUCUUUGGAAAACGCUGAGCUGACAGAUGAGCUUGUAGGACAACGUCGCUUAAGUGGCUCUAAUGAAGGGGAAAACCGCUCCCCAUCUUUUUUUAUGUUCCCUGCGGAUUCGAAUCCUGUUUACUCAGUACAAAUGCGGACUGGCGGCGGAGGAUUUAGCCCGUUCCAGACAUGUGUGAAGCCUCCAUCACCAAUGGCUACUGCAAAGACACACGUGCCAAGUGACACCGUCUUGGAAACUACUGCGACACGGGGUUCACAGGAUCGUGUGAAACACCCUGCACAGUGUGACUCAACACCAUCUCCUCCACUGUUUUCAGAGCAGGAGAAAGGUGACACAUCACGGCUGACAACAACGUUAUUUCCGUGCCAGCCCAUGAAGUCGUCCGGCUGGGCGGGCGAUACAGGGAAUUCAUUUUUCUUGUCUCCCAGUGCGCUUUUCGAGUAUGAUUAUACAAUGGCGGAAACUGGUUCUUUUCACUCCCCACCGCUGCGGCGAGGGAGCAUACUGGACCUACAGAGUGACACAAUGCAUAGCACGCCGCAUGCAUCUGGCUUCUUUUUCUCAGGGGCUUCGAACAUACAGAACCACCUUGGCUCCAGCCGCGAUGCCUCAUACAGAGCUGGUGGGGCAAACACGAACCAUGGUGAAUCUGCCACAAGUGCUGGAAAUAGCGCGGUAAGAAAUGGACACCUGAAUGCUCCCAAUAUGCUUUGUGAGACACGGCUGGGCCCUGAUGAUCGGCAUCUGUACGAAAGAGACCACGGAGCUGCUGUGGAGUCUCUAGAUGACACAUCAAGGUCGCAAGUGCCUAUAUCACCGCACAUCGUUCACCCCGGGGUAACAGGCAGCACCGCCAGUAGUGCAAUUGGUCACCAACCCAGAUUGUUUUUCAGUAGUAAUGCGGAUGGAGAUGCCUUGGAUGAACGGUUUCUCUUCUGGUCGUUCCGGUGGUCUUGCGUGCCACCCUUUAUAAGGCCUGCUGAUUUGACGCCGUUGCAUGAGCGAGCCGAUCGCCAACUGGAAAGUGCUGCUACGCCAAUAAUCACCGUAUUGAACCCUCCUAGUGGCGGGGCUGAAGAAGAUCUAAUCGUUGGACGUUCGCGAGACUCUUGCACAUUAAGUUCCCUCUCUUGGCUAAGCUCUGCUCCAGACUUGGAUUUAGUUCAGCAGCACCUCACUCACAGUGACGAUCAAAGGCGCGUUGCAGAGGCAGAAGUCCAUAUAGAAGCGAAGGGGAACAAUGAUCCGGCUGGUGCACGAGUCGCAGAGGAAGGGCAUGGUGCGACAGCACACCGCUCUCAUCAACACGACAGACCACUUCAGGAAGGUUAG